AUGACAAGCCAACAACACAAAAUCCUGAAGAAAGCACAAAUCACCGAAGCCAGCGGAGAAGAGCCAAGCUCCAAGAUUGUAGUUGUCGAACAAACUAGUUCCUCUGCAAGUCCAGUUGUUGAAUCAACGACUGGAUCUACCGUUGCGGAAGGAAGUGGCAUCGAAGCUUCUGAUUCUACUACAGCAGGAUCUGAAGCGACGUCAACAGUGAAAACUCUCACGGCUGAUCUUUCUCUUGAUGACAAGCCAACAACACAAAAUCCUGAAGAAAGCACAAUCACCGAAGCCAGCGGAGAAGACCCAAGCUCCAAAAUUGUAGUUGUCGAACAAACUAGUUCCUCUGCAAGUCCAGUUGUUGAAUCAACGACUGGAUCUAUCGUUGCGGAUGGAAGUGGCAUCGAAGCUUCUGAUUCUACUACAGCAGGAUCUGAAGCCACGUCAACAGUGAAAACUCUGACGGCUGAUCUUUCUCUUGAUGACAAGCCAACAACACAAAAUCCUGAAGAUAGCACAAUCACCGAAGCCAGCGGAGAAGAGCCAAGUUCCAAGAUUGUAGUUGUCGAACAGACUAGUUCCUCUACAAGUCCAGCUGAAGAAUCAACGACUGGAUCUACAACGCCAGCAGAAAGUUCAGAAAAAAGCACAAUCCCCGAAGCCAGCGGAGAAGAGCCAAAUUCCAAGAUUGUAGUUGUCGAACAGACUAGUUCCUCUGCAAGUCCAGUUGUUGAAUCAACGACUGGAUCUACAACGCCAGCAGAAAGUUCAGAAAAAAGCACAAUCACCGAAGCCAGCGGAGAAGAGCCAAGCUCCAAGAUUGUAGUUGUCGAACAAACUAGUUCCUCUGCAAGUCCAGUUGUUGAAUCAACGACUGGAUCUACCGUUGCGGAAGGAAGUGGCAUCGAAGCUUCUGAUUCUACUACAGCAGGAUCUGAAGCGACGUCAACAGUGAAAACUAUCACGGCUGAUCUUUCUCUUGAUGACAAGCCAACAACACAAAAUCCUGAAGAAAGCACAAUCACCGAAGCCAGCGGAGAAGAGCCAAGCUCCAAGAUUGUAGUUGUCGAACAGACUAGUUCCUCUGCAAGUCCAGUUGUUGAAUCAACGACUGGAUCUACCGUUGCGGAAGGAAGUGGCAUCGAAGCUUCUGAUUCUACUACAGCAGGAUCUGAAGCGACGUCAACAGUGAAAACUCUCACGGCUGAUCUUUCUCUUGAUGACAAGCCAACAACACAAAAUCCUGAAGAAAGCACAAUCACCGAAGCCAGCGGAGAAGACCCAAGCUCCAAGAUUGUAGUUGUCGAACAAACUAGUUCCUCUGCAAGUCCAGUUGUUGAAUCAACGACUGGAUCUACCGUUGCGGAAGGAAGUGGCAUCGAAGGUUCGGAUUCUACUACAGCAGGAUCUGAAGCGACGUCGACAGUGAAAACUCUCACGGCUGAUCUUUCUCUCGAUGACAAGCCAACAACACAAAUUCCUGAAGAAAGCACAAUCACCGAAGCCAGCGGAGAAGAGCCAAGCUCCAAGAUUGUAGUUGUCGAACAAACUAGUUCCUCUGCAAGUCCAGUUGUUGAAUCAACGACUGGAUCUACUGUUGCGGAAGGAAGUGGCAUCGAAGGUUCUGAUUCUACUACAGCAGGAUCUGAAGCGACGUCAACAGUCACAACUCUUACGGCUGAUCUUUCUCUUGAUGACAAGCCAACAACACAAAAUCCUGAAGAAAGCACAAUCACCGAAGCCAGCGGAGAAGACCCAAGCUCCAAGAUUGUAGUUGUCGAACAAACUAGUUCCUCUGCAAGUCCAGUUGUUGAAUCAACGACUGGAUCUACUGUUGCGGAAGGAAGUGGCAUUGAAGGUUCGGAUUCUACUACAGCAGGAUCUGAAGCGACCUCAACAGUGAAAACUCUCACGGCUCAUCUUUCUCUUGAUGACAAGCCAACAACACAAAAUCCUGAAGAAAGCACAAUCACCGAAGCCAGCGGAGAAGAGCCAAGCUCCAAGAUUGUAGUUGUCGAACAGACUAGUUCCUCUGCAAGUCCAGCUGUAGAAUCAACGACUGGAUCUACCGUUGCGGAAGGAAGUGGCAUCGAAGGUUCUGAUUCUACUACAGCAGGAUCUGAAGCGACGUCAACAGUCACAACUCUUACGGCUGAUCUUUCUUUUGAUGACAAGCCAACAACACAAAAUCCUGAAGAAAGCACAAUCACCGAAGCCAGCGGAGAAGAGCCAAGCUCCAAGAUUGUAGUUGUCGAACAAACUAGUUCCUCUGCAAGUCCAGUUGUUGAAUCAACGACUGGAUCUACUGUUGCGGAAGGAAGUGGCAUUGAAGGUUCGGAUUCUACUACAGCAGGAUCUGAAGCGACCUCAACAGUGAAAACUAUCACGGCUCAUCUUUCUCUUGAUGACAAGCCAACAACACAAAAUCCUGAAGAAAGCACAAUCACCGAAGCCAGCGGAGAAGAGCCAAGCUCCAAGAUUGUAGUUGUCGAACAGACUAGUUCCUCUGCAAGUCCAGCUGUAGAAUCAACGACUGGAUCUACCGUUGCGGAAGGAAGUGGCAUCGAAGGUUCUGAUUCUACUACAGCAGGAUCUGAAGCGACGUCAACAGUGAAAACUCUCACGGCUGAUCUUUCUCUCGAUGACAAGCCAACAACACAAAAUCCUGAAGAAAGCACAAUCACCGAAGCCAGCGGAGAAGACCCAAGCUCCAAGAUUGUAGUUGUCGAACAAACUAGUUCCUCUGCAAGUCCAGUUGUUGAAUCAACGACUGGAUCUACCGUUGCGGAAGGAAGUGGCAUCGAAGCUUCUGAUUCUACUACAGCAGGAUCUGAAGCGACGUCAACAGUGAAAACUAUCACGGCUGAUCUUUCUCUUGAUGACAAGCCAACAACACAAAAUCCUGAAGAAAGCACAAUCACCGAAGCCAGCGGAGAAGAGCCAAGCUCCAAGAUUGUAGUUGUCGAACAGACUAGUUCCUCUGCAAGUCCAGCUGUAGAAUCAACGACUGGAUCUACCGUUGCGGAAGGAAGUGGCAUCGAAGGUUCUGAUUCUACUACAGCAGGAUCUGAAGCGACCUCAACAGUGGAAACUCUCACGGCUCAUAUUUCUCUUGCUGACAAGCCAACAACACAAAAUCCUGAAGAAAGCACAAUCACCGAAGCCAGCGGAGAAGAGCCAAGCUCCAAGAUUGUAGUUGUCGAACAGACUAGUUCCUCUGCAAGUCCAGUUGUUGAAUCAACGACUGGAUCUACCGUUGCGGAAGGAAGUGGCAUCGAAGGUUCGGAUUCUACUACAGCAGGAUCUGAAGCGACGUCAACAGUGAAAACUCUCACGGCUGAUCUUUCUCUUGAUGACAAGCCAACAACACAAAAUCCUGAAGAAAGCACAAUCACCGAAGCCAGCGGAGAAGACCCAAGCUCCAAGAUUGUAGUUGUCGAACAAACUAGUUCCUCUGCAAGUCCAGUUGUUGAAUCAACGACUGGAUCUACCGUUGCGGAAGGAAGUGGCAUCGAAGGUUCGGAUUCUACUACAGCAGGAUCUGAAGCGACGUCGACAGUGAAAACUCUCACGGCUGAUCUUUCUCUCGAUGACAAGCCAACAACACAAAUUCCUGAAGAAAGCACAAUCACCGAAGCCAGCGGAGAAGAGCCAAGCUCCAAGAUUGUAGUUGUCGAACAGACUAGUUCCUCUGCAAGUCCAGCUGUAGAAUCAACGACUGGAUCUACCGUUGCGGAAGGAAGUGGCAUCGAAGAUUCUGAUUCUACUACAGCUGGAUCUGAAGCGACGUCAACAGUCACAACUCUUACGGCUGAUCUUUCUCUUGAUGACAAGCCAACAACACAAAAUCCUGAAGAUAGCACAAUCACCGAAGCCAGCGGAGAAGAGCCAAGUUCCAAGAUUGUAGUUGUCGAACAGACUAGUUCCUCUACAAGUCCAGCUGAAGAAUCAACGACUGGAUCUACAACGCCAGCAGAUAGUUCAGAAAAAAGCACAAUCACGGAAGCCAGCGGAGAAGAGCCAAAUUCCAAGAUUGUAGUUGUCGAACAGACUAGUUCCUCUGCAAGUCCAGCUGAAGAAUCAACGACUGGAUCUACAACGCCAGCAGAAAGUUCAGAAAAAAGCACAAUCACCGAAGCCAGCGGAGAAAAGCCAAGCUUCAAAAUUGUAGUUGUCGAACAAACUAGUUCCUCUGCAAGUCCAGUUGUUGAAUCAACGACUGGAUCUACAACGCCAGCAGAAAGUUCAGAAAAAAGCACAAUCACGGAAGCCAGCGGAGAAGAGCCAAAUUCCAAGAUUGUAGUUGUCGAACAGACUAGUUCCUCUGCAAGUCCAGCUGAAGAAUCAACGACUGGAUCUACAACGCCAGCAGAAAGUUCAGAAAAAAGCACAAUCACCGAAGCCAGCGGAGAAAAGCCAAGCUUCAAAAUUGUAGUUGUCGAACAAACUAGUUCCUCUGCAAGUCCAGUUGUUGAAUCAACGACUGGAUCUACAACGCCAGCAGAAAGUUCAGAAAAAAGCACAAUCACCGAAGCCAGCGGAGAAGAGCCAAGCUCCAAGAUUGUAGUUGUCGAACAAACUAGUUCCUCUGCAAGUCCAGUUGUUGAAUCAACGACUGGAUCUACCGUUGCGGAAGGAAGUGGCAUCGAAGCUUCUGAUUCUACUACAGCAGGAUCUGAAGCGACGUCAACAGUGAAAACUAUCACGGCUGAUCUUUCUCUUGAUGACAAGCCAACAACACAAAAUCCUGAAGAAAGCACAAUCACCGAAGCCAGCGGAGAAGAGCCAAGCUCCAAGAUUGUAGUUGUCGAACAGACUAGUUCCUCUGCAAGUCCAGCUGUAGAAUCAACGACUGGAUCUACCGUUGCGGAAGGAAGUGGCAUCGAAGGUUCUGAUUCUACUACAGCAGGAUCUGAAGCGACGUCAACAGUCACAACUCUUACGGCUGAUCUUUCUCUUGAUGACAAGCCAACAACACAAAAUCCUGAAGAAAGCACAAUCACCGAAGCCAGCGGAGAAGACCCAAGCUCCAAGAUUGUAGUUGUCGAACAGACUAGUUCCUCUGCAAGUCCAGCUGUAGAAUCAACGACUGGAUCUACCGUUGCGGAAGGAAGUGGCAUCGAAGCUUCUGAUUCUACUACAGCAGGAUCUGAAGCGACGUCAACAGUCACAACUCUUACGGCUGAUCUUUCUCUUGAUGACAAGCCAACAACACAAAAUCCUGAAGAAAGCACAAUCACCGAAGCCAGCGGAGAAGACCCAAGCUCCAAGAUUGUUGUUGUCGAACAGACUAGUUCCUCUGCAAAUCCAGUUGUUGAAUCAACGACUGGAUCUACAACGCCAGCAGAAAGUUCAGAAAAAAGCUCAAUCACCGAAGCCAGCGGAGAAGAGCCAAGCUCCAAGAUUGUUGUUGUCGAACAGACUAGUUCCUCUGCAAAUCCAGUUGUUGAAUCAACGACUGGAUCUACAACGCCAGCAGAAAGUUCAGAAAAAAGCUCAAUCACCGAAGCCAGCGGAGAAGAGUCAAGCUCCAAGAUUGUUGUUGUCGAACAGACUAGUUCCUCUGCAAGUCCAGUUGUUGAAUCAACGACUGGAUCUACAACGCCAGCAGAAAGUUCAGAAAAAAGCUCAAUCACCGAAGCCAGCGGAGAAGACCCAAGCUCCAAGAUUGUAGUUGUCGAACAAACUAGUUCCUCUGCAAGUCCAGCUGUAGAAUCAACGACUGGAUCUACCGUUGCGGAAGGAAGUGGCAUCGAAGGUUCUGAUUCUACUACAGCAGGAUCUGAAGCGACGUCAACAGUGAAAACUCUCACGGCUGAUCUUUCUCUCGAUGACAAGCCAACAACACAAAUUCCUGAAGAAAGCACAAUCACCGAAGCCAGCGGAGAAGACCCAAGCUCCAAGAUUGUAGUUGUCGAACAGACUAGUUCCUCUGCAAGUCCAGCUGUAGAAUCAACGACUGGAUCUACCGUUGCGGAAGGAAGUGGCAUCGAAGAUUCUGAUUCUACUACAGCUGGAUCUGAAGCGACGUCAACAUUCACAACUCUUACGGCUGAUCUUUCUCUUGAUGACAAGCCAACAACACAAAAUCCUGAAGAAAGCACAAUCACCGAAGCCAGCGGAGAAGACCCAAGCUCCAAGAUUGUAGUUGUCGAACAGACUAGUUCCUCUGCAAGUCCAGCUGUAGAAUCAACGACUGGAUCUACCGUUGCGGAAGGAAGUGGCAUCGAAGGUUCUGAUUCUACUACAGCUGGAUCUGAAGCGACGUCAACAGUGAAAACUCUCACGGCUGAUCUUUCUCUCGAUGACAAGCCAACAACACAAAUUCCUGAAGAAAGCACAAUCACCGAAGCCAGCGGAGAAGACCCAAGCUCCAAGAUUGUAGUUGUCGAACAAACUAGUUCCUCUGCAAGUCCAGCUGUAGAAUCAACGACUGGAUCUACCGUUGCGGAAGGAAGUGGCAUCGAAGAUUCUGAUUCUACUACAGCUGGAUCUGAAGCGACGUCAACAUUCACAACUCUUACGGCUGAUCUUUCUCUUGAUGACAAGCCAACAACACAAAAUCCUGAAGAAAGCACAAUCACCGAAGCCAGCGGAGAAGACCCAAGCUCCAAGAUUGUAGUUGUCGAACAGACUAGUUCCUCUGCAAGUCCAGCUGUAGAAUCAACGACUGGAUCUACCGUUGCGGAAGGAAGUGGCAUCGAAGGUUCUGAUUCUACUACAGCAGGAUCUGAAGCGACGUCAACAGUGAAAACUCUCACGGCUGAUCUUUCUCUCGAUGACAAGCCAACAACACAAAUUCCUGAAGAAAGCACAAUCACCGAAGCCAGCGGAGAAGAGCCAAGCUCCAAAAUUGUAGUUGUCGAACAAACUAGUUCCUCUGCAAGUCCAGUUGUUGAAUCAACGACUGGAUCCACAACGCCAGCAGAAAGUUCAGAAAAAAGCUCAAUCACCGAAGCCAGCGGAGAAGAGCCAAGCUCCAAGAUUGUUGUUGUCGAACAGACUAGUUCCUCUGCAAGUCCAGUUGUUGAAUCAACGACUGGAUCUACAACGCCAGCAGAAAGUUCAAAAAAAAGCUCAAUCACCGAAGCCAGCGGAGAAGACCCAAGCUCCAAAAUUGUAGUUGUCGAACAAACUAGUUCCUCUGCAAGUCCAGUUGUUGAAUCAACGACUGGAUCUACCGUUGCGGAAGGAAGUGGCAUCGAAGCUUCUGAUUCUACUACAGCAGGAACUGAAGCGACGUCAACAAUCACAACUCUUACGGCUGAUCUUUCUCUUGAUGACAAGCCAACAACACAAAAUCCUGAAGCAAGUACAGUCACUGAAGCCAGCGGAGAAGAGCCUAACAUGACUCCGGUUUCAGAGCAAACAUUAACGACAACUUCAGGAGAAGCUUCAAAUAUUCUUGAAUCUAGCGGCAAAGAAGCAUCUAGCAACAUAGUUUUCGUAGGAAAAACGACAAUCGCUUCAAGCCAAGAAGGAGAAAAAAGCACAGAAGUACCUGCGUUUGUCACCGCUGCACCAGAGACCAUCGGUGAAGGAUUCAUUUCUAGUCAAACUAAGGCUACUGAAAACGCAAAUCUAACGAGUUUUGAGCAAAAACAUGCGAAUGAAAAAGAAAAUUCAGAAAGCGUUUCGACAAGUGAGGAGCGUGAUCAUACAGCUGAAAAUGUCUCCGCUAUAGUGACUGAUGAGUCGUCUACAAGAAUUCGGCCGUCUCUGAGCCCGGAUAAAACAGAAGCCCCAGCUUUCGUUACGACGAAAGAUUCUUCUGGUACCCCUGAAGCAACAACUUCGCUAGUGUUAGAAACAACGUCAAGUUUACCAAAUGAAAGUGUUCGCUCUUCUGUGAAUUCUUCAGUAGAUGACUCUACUGAAAGUUCUGGAGAGGAUGCCAUGUUCAAUAAGUCUUUGGUAGAUGUUGCUCACAACCAAAACUUGCCAACUAGCGUCGGUUUUGUUCCUGCAUCGGAACCAAAACUAAAGACGAAAGGUUCCGAAGAAGAUGAAGAAGACGGAUCUGGAGACAAUAGCCAAGAUUAUGAAGAAACUAUGACCACAAAAAUCAGCAAAAAUAAAACAACGACAGCUGCGAUUCCUCCUACAAUCACAACGACAACUGAGCCGCCUGUACAGUUGGUCAAGGAUCUGAUCGACGCUCUAACCGCUGGUGGACUCGACUUCAUCCUGGGUCCGUCGAAGAAAACCGCCUCAGCUCCAGCACAGGACCUUAUCAAUCGCCGAUUGAGUAAGUUCUCACACAGAGAGAUCCUAUAUGCCGCGUUCAGAUUCCGCAAAAUCCAAAAUAGCCGUCAGAGAAAGGAAUAAAUAACUACAUUUCGGAUAGUCAGAAAUAAUUUUGCAUUUCGCGGAAAUUACUUUGAACACAGCAAUAGAAAAAAAAACUGUACAAGGAAUUUAUUUUAAAAAGAAAUUGAAUCUUAUCAAAACUUUUCUAAUGAUAUUUCAUAUCCUUUUUUUAUUGAAACUUCCUCAUCAUAUUGAAUUUUUUUCAUUUCGCAUGAAACAUUAUUGAAUUGAACGUUUCCUGGAGUAAUAUAAAACAUAUUCAAACUUUGGAACACGAUUAUAAAUAAUCUGAGAAAACACAGGACUUUUUUUUGACUACGCUAUUGGCUAAUAUUUUUUUGAACCAAAAAAAUAGAUUGACAGAUGUCUCAAGAUAAUUCAAAACAACUAUGAACAAAAAAACGAAUACCUUCAAUCAAUUAGGGACAAAAAAAUUAACAAAAAAAUUAAAAAAAUUAACGAAUACCUUCAAUCAAUUAGGAACACAAAUUUACCAAUUCAAAGGGGAUAACGAAACGGACGUGCUCCGGACGUUCCUGGGCAUUUCUAGUGACUCCUUUAGUAGCGUCAGCAGUCUUAGGUGAUCCCUAGAUUCUCUCAGGAACGUCCGGGACGCGUCCGGUUUUCGUUACAGAGGUCCGAGUGAGGACGAAUUGUGCAAUGGAGCGAAUUUAACUAGACGGGCCUUAACUCUUUUUUGUUUUCUUUCUUUUGUGUUGUGUAAAUUUAGCAACUUAACGUUUGAAAUCUCAACUCAUAAACCACUAGAAAUUAUAUUCAUUCAUCUUAUAAUACCAACCACUUCGUGUGAAUAAUCUUAGAUAUUGUAUAUAUAUACAAAAAACAUAUGAUUUUAAAAGUAAUAAGAACUUUUCGGUGAACAUUUUUUAAAUGAAAUUUUAAAUUUUUUUUUUGAAGGACGGCCCAAGCCAGCGCAGGCUUUUUUUCCAAAAAUAAGGCCCGAAUUGACGCACAAGCCUGGAUACAAGUAGUUAACCGGGUAGCAACUUCAAAGUCAAUCGGCGUAUGGUAGUCGGUGGUCGUUUGUAAUACAAAACAAACUUUGUAUGCGACCAAGUACUAUCUCUAUAGUACCUGGAUACUACCGGAGGGUAUCGCAAUGCUACCGGGGAUGACUUUCAUGGGAUCGAAAAAGCGUAUGUUUUCCGAUCCUAUGAAAGUAGCUAUCCAGUAGCUACCUCACGAGCAGUCGCUACGCGGUACCUACUUGCAUCGACAUUCCGAUUCACCUUUGUUAAAUCAUUACGCUUCUAAAAUUAAAUUUAGAAGUAAAAAAAAAAUACUCUUUAACACACGUUCUCCGAGAUUUUCGAAUAACCGUUGGUACAAAAAUUUCAUCUUUGUUCCUGAGAGCUCUCCUUUCUAUCAUAGAUAGUGAACAACCUCUUAAAUAUUUAGAACCAGGUUUUAUUGGGCUCCGCCCACUUUCAGGCUUACUGUAGGAAAAAAACACCGUAGAAACCAAACUUUUUUUCCUAGUGGAGCAAAUUGGUCCAAACCAAUUUUUUUAAAACAAAAAUAUGUUCCCAUAUGAACAUUUAUAGUUAUAGAACUGACCCGAAAAAAAUUUUUCUUUCAAAAAGAAAAAAAUUAAAGUUUUUUUUGAAAAAAACGACGAUUUUCGCAGUCUCUGAGCCAUAACUAGUACUAGAACCCCCGAAUGCCUGGAUUUUUAUUUUUUUUAAUCGACGCAUUAUGGUCUUGUGAGAAGAGGAAAAAUGUCUAGAAACUCUGGAUCCGGGUGAUCCAGUUGACCUCCAUCUCGAAGAACGCGGCCAACUUGAAAAUCGCAAAACCUUUGAAAAUUUCUAUUUUUUGUGAAAGCCGGAUUCUGUCUUGUUUCUUAUUUUUGUUCAACAUACGACAGCUUGCUGCAAAAUUACAGCUCAAAAGUAGCGAGCUGGAACCCCUUAAAAAAAAUUUUCUGACGUUUUUCCAAUUAGAAUCCGGCUUUCACAAAAAAUAGAAAUUUUCAAAGGUUUUGCGAUUUUCAAGUUGGCCGCGUUCUUCGAGAUGGAGGUCAACUGGAUCACCCGGAUCCAGAGUUUCUAGACUCCAUACUGACGUUAACAAAUUUUCAGGUGGCGUUCGACGACUGUUCCCUGGAGAGCUUUCUCAAAAAUAACGGUAAAUCGAAACAAGUUCAUCUAACCCCCCGCUCUCAUUCUAAUACUAAAUAUGUUCCUUUUGAAAUCCUGAAGAUAUUCAACUUGACACUUUUUCAAGUUUUCAAAUUUUUUGUCAUCAAGAAUCAUUAGAUUUUUCCUAAAGCAAGUGAAGGUCUUUCGAAAAGAAAAAGCGACAACUUUUCAAAAAGUGACACUAACUAUUUCCUAAUAUUUAGCUACCAACUUUAACAUCAUUAACUCUUUAACAUUGCACAUCUUCAGACUGCACCAAUGGACAAAUAAGGUUCGCGGCGAGCGAAUUGGAAGACCUUUCGGAACACUUUGAACGCGAUGCCGUCGCCUUUUCGAUCCAACACUGUGCUAGGAUGUGCUUUGAAACGUCGUGCUCCAGAGCGGCCUUUACCAGAUUCCCACGUCCAGUCUGCCUCAUGCACUAUCGGUCUGAUGCGACGUCACCUGCACCGUGUGAUGCUAACCAAACCAUUACAACUUCUUGGCGCUUCACCAAAAUCAACCAAGUCGUCUCUAUUGACUGCGUCGAGUGUGGUAUGUGUCAAGUAACAAACUAAACAAUGAAAAACGGUUUGAAAGUUUUUAAUAUCGGAGGAUCAAAGUUUAGUGAUUGCGUUCAAACGGUUUCGAUCCUGCCUAUAGUCUGUUUUUAAUGUCCCUUUCAUUGAAAUCGAAAACCGGAAAACUGGAUCAAAAAAAAAAUUUCGAUUGAAAAAAAUUUCCAAAAAUAAGUAACACAACAAGAAUGACGAACUACCCUUUUUCAAAUAAUGGCUAAAUCAUCAUAAAAAUAUUUUUAAAUUUUUUAAAAAAAAACUAUAAUUGUUUAUUCAAACAUCAAUAUUAUUAUCCACUUAUCUGCAGCUGCUCACAAUGAGUCUGACAAAACGCACGAUAUCACAAUGCUUCAUAAAUCAUUGUCAAUCGAUGAGAAGCCGUUGACCGUCGGAGCGGUAGUUCACGAAGGUGAAAGAAACUCUGAGAAGAUUGAGGAAGAAAUUGUUUGAAGGCGUUUCUUCAAAAUGUGACGGACGAGUUGAGUUCCAAGUAAUUCCUGUCGCCAGUCUUCCGAAACUCAACAUCACCAACGACGUUCCGGCUAGGACACCGGCCGAUUGUGCAAAGAAAUGCUUCGAAACGGUAGGAAGCACAUACAUAAUUCUUCUUUUGAAAAAAGACUUUGUUCAGCCAAAAUGCAAAACUGCGGGCUUCAUACCGUCGCCUUCGACUUCUAUCUCCGAAGGAGUGUGUCUGCUGACUUCGGACGAGCCUGUCUGCGGCAACCUCGCCGACUUCGUUCCUCAGCACGCCGCUCUUCAUCCCUUCGUCGUUUCUUGCAUUCAAUGCACCUGUUUGUUCGUCAUUCAAGUUCUGGUGUUUGACGUUUUUAUUUCAGCUUGUACCUACGAUUUACGACCAAUCACACCAGAAAUGCCCAUUCCUGAGCUGAAGACUCAUGAAAAAGCCGAGACGGUUCAGGAAUGCGCCAAGCAAUGCGCCUCCAUCGGAUGUACAAUGGCCAAAUUCCAAGUCGCGGCUAAAUUGGUUUGAACCAGUUUUGUUAAAGUUUUUAUAGAAGUUCGGUGUAGAUAUCAUAUGAACCGUUUAAAAAAUAUACACUUAAAACAGUUUGUAAUUUGGACGAGCAGUAUACUAGAAUCUGAUGAUUUCAAGUUUUAUUGAUGUUCGAUUGUAGGAAUGAAUCGAAACACGAUCUUCUAAUGAAAGUACCACAUUUUUCGGAAGAGUUGAUGUUGGUUUGCAGUGCUCGAUGACGCGAGACGUGCUGUCGCAGGACACGUGUCCGCGGGAACAGGCCACGCAGAUCAUCGACGGCCUUCUGCCAGUGGCCCUCGAAUGCGUCAAGUGCGUCGAGGCCUAG